UCAAAAGCCAUCUCAAAGAGAAGUCAUUCUAACUUUUAUAGAUCCAGAAGGGUCCAAAGCAGCUGUGGCAGGAAAACAAAGUAGCACUGGUAUCAUCAAUUUUCCUGACUUCAAGAUCCCAGCUGACCCAGAAUAUGGUUUGUGGGCAAUUGAAGCGAAAUAUAAAGAAGGUUUCACAACUAAAGGAUUAGCACAUUUUGAAAUUAAAUUUAAAAGGCGGGGUUUAUUCUUGAGGCAACCACACGUCUCUAUCUCAAUAGAACCAGAAAAUGACUUCAUUAGUCAUAAAAACUUUGAGAACUUCAAGAUUAUUAUAAAAGCAAGUGAUUCUUACGAUGAAAAUGCAACUGAGGCUGAUGUUUCUGUCUUUUUCGGAAUAAGAAGUGAUUUAGGUGGUACGACAGAAAGCAUGCAUGAAGCAACACAGAAGACACAGCUGAUCAAUGGAACUGCACAGAUCCAUUUUAACACUUCAAAGGCAAUUGAAAAUCUGUCAUAUACAAGCCUACAAGAUUUAGACAACAAAUACCUCAAUGUUUUUGUGAAAGUAAAAAAACACACAGGUAGACUCUUUGAAGAAACCAAAAUGACCGAUGUCAGAUACAUCCUGUCUCCCUAUGCACUGAAUUUGGCUGCUACCCCUCCUCUGAAACCUGGGAUCCCCUAUUCCAUCAAGGUGCAGGUGGAGGACGUGUCUGCCCAUUCUGUAGAAGGGAUAACAGUAGCCCUGGAACCAAAAGUAGUGGAUAAAACUCAGGAGAAGCGACACCUGGCUCCAAGGAAAAGCACCACGGGUUAUGAUGGAGUAGCCUCGUUUGUGGUUAACAUUCCCCCUGAUGCGACAGCCCUGGAGCUUCAUGUUAGAACUGAUGAUCCAGACCUUCCUGACGAGCAUGAGGCCAGCAACGACUACCAAAUAGUGGCCUACUCAUCUCCCAGCCAAAGUUUCCUUUCUCUUAACUGGACAGAGAGUUACAAGAGUUUGCCUGUGGGAGAAUGUUUCAGUAUAACUGUUACUCCUAAAAGCCCACACAUUGACAAAAUCACACACUAUUAUUACUUGAUUGUAUCAAAGGGCAAAAUUGUACACUUUGGCAGAGAGAAGAAACUCCCAGGUUCAUCACACCAAAUUUUAAACCUAUCUGUGACUGAGUCCAUGGCUCCUGCAGCCCGUCUCCUGGUAUAUUACAUCAUCUUAGGAGAGCAGAGAACAGAAUUAGUGUCUGACUCAGUCUGUCUGAGCAUUGAAGACCCGUGUAGCAACCAGCUCCAGAUCCAUCUGUCUCCAAAUGAAGACAUACAAGGUGCUGUAUCUCUUGUAAUGGAUACUCAGUCCGAAUCAUGGGUAGCAUUAACAGCGCUGAGUACUGCUACAUAUGACAUCCAGGAAAGAAGCAAAAAUCCCAAGGAAAGAAUGCUUGGAGCUUUAUAUAAAAACGAUGCGGGCUGUGGAGCGAGUGGAGGCAGAAGCAGCACUGAAGUGUUCUGCUUGGCAGGACUCACUGUCCUCACCAAUGCAAAUGAAGAAGCCUUCCAACAAAACGAUGGAUCGUGUAAGAAAAUUCUUAGGUCGAGAAGAUCCUCGAAAGAGUUAACAGAUUUAGCAUCCCAGUUCAGACACCCUGUGAUCCGGAAGUGCUGCGAAGAUGGAACCAGACCAAGUAGGCAGAGCUGUGAGGCGAGAGCGAGACGGAUUACCAUUGGCCCGAAGUGUGUGAAUGCUUUCCUUCAGUGUUGUGAGCUGAAGGAAAGCAGUUCUAACACGUAUGUGGCUUUGGGAAGGGCAACAGAAUCAAAAUAUGUGAUAAAGCAUACAGUAGGAUUUACAAGCAAAACAGAAAACUGGUUGUGGGAAGUAUACCAUGUUCCCAAAAGGCAUCAACAAGAGUUAGCAAUACCUGGGUUUCCAGCUACCUGGGAAAUACAAGGUGUUAGCAUCUCAGAUAAAGGUCUGUGUGUUGCCGAUGUGCUGCACUUGCAGGUAGACAAGGACCAUAUCCAGGUCACAAGACUCAAAUGAAAAAAAAUGUUUCUAGCAUCAAAACUCCAGGAAUCUAAUGCUCACCUAAGAAGCAAUGGUGAUGUUCCCACAUCCCUCUUGGACCACGAGCUCCUAGAAGAUGGAAACUAGCUUCUAGAAUAAUGGAACCCAACGAGAAUGGCCUUGACCCUGCUGUCAUGUGGACCUACAGUCUUUCCACUCCCUCUUCCACCUCCCAUGCUGAUCCCUGAGCCUUGAGCUGAAGGGUUGUGAAACAGGAGUCCUGGGGCUGAGCAAAUCUGAGUUAAAGUACAAAUUAAAUAUAAUUUUUUGUUUUAAAUUAAAUUUAAUUGACAUUCAGCUUUGAAAAUUAAUUUUUUUAAUUUGAUGUUUUGUGAUGCUUUUGAAUUUCUGAAAAUCCCAGUGCUUGGGAGGCAGAGACAGGAGAUGACUGUUGCAAGCUCAAAGCCAGCCUGUCUACAUAUUGACUUCUAGACCAACCAAGGCACUUAGCAGAACCCUGUCUCAGUAAAAUAAAAUAAAAUAGGUCUUGCAAAGCCGCUCUUAUUUAAGAACUUAAAGUGCGCUUGGAAAUUAAAGUAUUACUGCCAAAAGAAUAAGCAUCUAUUAAUGCUGGCAAAUGUAAGAAGCUUUCGUGAAACUUAUGGUUUUUGAAAAAUACAUGGCCUGGUGUACAAGUUA